GCUUGCUGCUGCGAGGUCCUUCUCCGAUCUUCUGCACGGAGUUUUGUUUUCAGAGAAAAUAAACCUAAGUGCUCUUGGUAAAAGAACACAGUUCCUAUUCAAGGCUUGUUGAACAGAGGGCAGGCAUGGGUCCAACUGUGGGAGCUGCUGUAGGAGCAGCAGUGGCAUUAGCCGCAGCACCUUUCGCUCUGACAGCUGUAGGUUUCACGGCAGGUGGGAUAGCGGCAGGUUCCUACGCUGCGAGCAUGAUGUCUUCAGCAGCAGUUGCCAACGGAGGCGGAGUGGCAGCUGGAACCGUGGUUGCUGCUUUGCAAUCAGCAGGUGCUGCUGGUUUGUCAGGCACCACCAGUGCAGUUGUAGCCGGUGCAGGGGCAGCUGCGGGUUGGGUGGCCAGCUUCUUCUACUGAAAAUCACCUACAAAAUACUUAUAUUGUUUAUGUGCAGGGGACUAUAUGUAUGUGCUAAUACUCCUGAAGCAUUGUGUUGCAUUAUAAUGUAAAUCAAAAUAACUGUUUGAAUGGAAUUUGAAACAAGACAGAUUUUCUCUAUCUCACAAAAUGUAAAUUUGUUACAAAAUGAAAGAGCAAUA